UCAGUCUCUGUACGUACGUACGUCAGAACAUUCGUCCUUUGGUCCUCCUACUACUAGCCUAGCCUAGGCUACUUUUCUUAUGCUGAUCUGAUUUUAGGCCUAGCAGAUCUGAAGUACUCUAAAAUAUCAAGAUGGGUAAACUUAAACAUGUUGAUCUUAUACUACAAGUAUCCCUAAUUAUUUUCAUGGAGAUUUAUCUCUAUUUUAACGGAUUGUACAGUCUAAUGUUUGUAACGAUUUUAUUCUUGUACAUGGCAUCGGGGUUCAGGGUGGCUCGGUCUGGGUCCCAGGUCUGCAUUAUUGUACUGGGGGACAUAGGAAGGAGUCCACGUAUGCAAUACCAUGCAAUUUCGUUUGCAAAGCUCAAGUUCGAUGUAGAUAUCAUUGGAUAUGGAGGCUCUGUACCACAUCCAGAUCUGGUACAAAAUGCAAGCAUUAAACAGCAUAUACUACGGGAACCACCUAGCCUGCCACAGUUUUUACCAAAGAUUUUCCAGUAUGUAGUAAAGGUGCUUUUUCAAGUGUGUCAGUUGUUUUUCGUCCUAUUCUUUAGUAUUCGAUGGCCAUCACACAUCAUGGUCCAGAAUCCUCCAUCAAUACCCACGUUAUUUGUUGCUUGGUGUGCUCGUAUUAUCUACGGCAGUAAGUACAUUAUUGAUUGGCACAACUACGGUUACACAAUCUUGGGCAUGAGUGUUGGCAGUCAACACCUCCUCGUUAGAUUUGCUACAUGGUUUGAGAAUUUUUUUGGCAAGAAAGCAGAUGGACACUUCUGUGUGACAAAUGCAAUGAAAGAAGAUUUGAAGAAGAAUUGGUCGAUCAAGGCGAACACACUCUAUGACCGACCACCAGAGAUAUUUCAAGAAACUGCACUCAAACAAAAACAUGAGCUUUUUCUUAAGCUUUCUGAAGAGUAUUCUAGCUUCGGUGAUGGCAGUACCCGAGGAAUCAAGACAGCAUUCACUGAAGACACAAGAUCAUCUGGUGUAGUGGAGAAAUCUCAAAGACCGGCUCUACUGAUCAGCAGUACCAGUUGGACUGAGGAUGAGGACUUCUCAAUACUGCUUGGUGCACUUGAAAAAUAUGAGAAAGCUAAAGAGUUAGGUGACAAAUUAAGCCAUUUACCACCUCUUGUGUGUGCUAUCACCGGAAAAGGACCUCAGAAGAAAUACUAUCAAGAUAUAAUUGCUAAGAAAAGUUUCAAGCAUGUAAAAAUAUGUACACCUUGGCUGACUGCAGAGGACUACCCACUUUUACUAGGUGCUGCUGACUUGGGCGUGUGUUUGCAUACCUCUUCCAGUGGUCUGGAUUUACCAAUGAAAGUUGUUGAUAUGUUUGGUUGUGGCCUUCCUGUCUGUGCCAUCAAUUUCAAUUGUUUGAAUGAGUUGGUUAAACAUGAAGAAAAUGGAUUGAUCUUCCAAAAUGAAAGUGAACUUGCUGAACAACUACAGGUGCUUCUUUGUGGCUUCCCAGAAAAAAAGACCAAAUUGCAAACGUUCCGCGAGAACCUAAAAUCCUUCCAGGAAUACCGUUGGGAGGAAAGCUGGACCAAUACAGUGAAGCCUACUCUUUAUGUAUAACAUCAGAACCUUUCUGCCAGUAUAUUUAUUGAUUGAUGAUGAGAGUUGAUAGUAGAAACUUAUUACAUGCAAGCCUCAGUGAGUACUCGGUUGGAGUGUUUCACUACACAUGCUCAGUGUACACGCUCAUCACUCACUGCAUAUGCUCACUGCACAUAAAUGUGAAUACACAGUGCACAUGCCCAGAACAUGUGCUCAGUGGGGUUGCCUCAUGUGCUCAUUGCAAGCUCUCAGUGCACAUGCCUUACAUACCCAGAGCACAUGAUUGCUAAGAGCACAUGCUAAGAGCACAUGCUCAGUGCAAGCUCUCAGUGCUCAUGCUUAGUGCAUACAGUAUACUCAGUGCAUACAGUAUACUCAGUGCACAUGAUUGCUCAGAGCAUAUGCUCAGUGCAUGUUUUCAGUGCUCAUGCUUAGUGUGCACAUGCCCAGUGUAUACAGUAUACUCAGUGCACAUGAUUGCUCAGAGCAUAUGCUCAGUGCAAGUUCUCAGUGCUCAUGCUUUGUGCACUUAUCCAGUACACAUACUCAGUGCGUAUGAUUACACAGAGCACAUGCUCAGUGCAAGCUCUCAGUGCUCAUGCUUAGUACACAUACCCAGUGCACUUACUCAGUGCACAUGAUUGCUCAGAGCAUGUGCUCAGUGCCAGUUUUCAGUAUUCGUGUUUAGUGCACAUACUCAGUGCACAUGAUUGCUCAGAGCAUGUGCUCAGUUCAAGAUCUUGGUGCUCAUGCUUAGUGCACAUACCCAGUGCACGUACUAUGGGCACAUGAUUGUUCAGAGCACUUGCUCAGUGCAUAUACUUCAUGCACUUACUCAGUGCACUGUGCACAUGAUUGCUCAGAGCACAUGCUCAGUGCUAAGAAAUGAAGGUGUGGUCUUUCAUGGUGAUGUUGAACAAGAAACAGUUUAUGUUGAUUAAGCCUGACUGCGGGUCUAGCUAAAACUAAAAUGAAAAAUUAACAAGGAUUGAGUGAUUGACUAUGUGUGUUCACAGCCCAAUGGUAGAACAGCCUUUUGGUUGUGUAGGUUUGCCAUGUUGAAAAAUAGUAGAUUAUUA